AACCUAACCUCACGGUGUUUUCAGAAGUUUAGACCUAAUUUUUUCGGAAAUUAUCGCGAUUUUCUUUUCAAUAAAUAGUCGUUUGGGAGAUUUUGCUAUCGAUUUUUUUCCUGUUGUCUAGUGCUUAGUUGGUGACUGGAAACAACGCAUCAUAUUCGAGGCUUGUCUCGUUUUAAUGUUCAUAACAUUCUAUGCCGUAACCAUUGGAAAGGAAGUACACUCAUGCCCGCGACGAAUAGUCAAAAGGUGUAGUGCGGAGAAUUAUUACCUAGUGUUAUGAGAACACGAUGCAUACAAUUUGAAAGCAAAAUCUGUCGCCCCAAGAGAACUGGCAACUGGUUGAAACUGAUAACGAACAGCACCCGAAUCAGAGGGUUGCAAAUUCUGAUUAUAUUUUACAAUAUUGGUUAACAAAAAGAAGAGUGCAGCGGGAAGAAGAUAAAGGAAACUGUUUGAGUGGUAGUAUUGGUAAUGUGCAACAUGAUUGAAACUACUGACAAGGGUAGUGAAAGUGUGAUAGAGGAAGAAGACGAUUCUAAACUUCCGAUAAGUUUUAUAUAUGCCCGCCACUUGGGCAAAAUCGAAGGUAUCAAUUGUAUCACACAGAGCUGGCGUGUGAAAGAGCGUAUGAAAACGGUUAGCGUUGCAUUAGUGCUAUGUCUCAAUGUUGGUGUAGAUCCGCCGGAUGUCGUCAAAAUACAACCGUGUUCUCGGUUGGAAUGUUGGAUCGAUCCUUCUUCGGUGUCUCCGCAGAAAGCAAUGGAGUUAAUUGGUAACAAUCUUCAGAAGCAAUAUGAGCGUUGGCAACCUCGUGCUCGCUAUAAACAUUCACUUGAUCCUACGGUAGAAGAUGUGAAGAAACUUUGCACCAGUCUGCGAAGAAAUUCAAAGGAAGAACGUGUCUUGUUCCACUACAAUGGGCAUGGUGUGCCUAGACCAACUGUUAAUGGCGAGAUAUGGGUUUUCAAUCGAACCUAUACUCAAUACAUCCCACUGUCGAUUUACGACCUGCAGACGUGGAUGGGGGCUCCGUCGAUCUAUGUGUAUGAUUGUUCGAAUGCUGGCAUAAUUGUCAACAGCUUUAAUACUUUUGCCGAGCAGCAUGAAAAAGAGCUAGAGCAAAUGCGGGCACGCAGUGGGAGUACAGCAGGUCAGUCAGAUCAAGAAAUCAAUCGGAAUUCACCAUCACCUCCAGUGUUGGGAGUAGCCACCUACAAAAAUUGCAUCCAGUUAGCAGCUUGCGCUGCAAAUCAAAUUUUACCGAUGAAUCCGCAGUUGCCGGCAGAUUUGUUUACAUCCUGCUUGACUACACCGAUUCGGAUAGCAUUGAAGUGGUUCAUUCUUCAGUCUACUUCAAAACUAGUUCCACACGUAACAGAAGAUCUUAUAGAACGAAUUCCCGGUCAACUGAAUGAUCGUCGCACUAUGCUCGGUGAGCUGAAUUGGAUCUUCACAGCUAUCACGGACACUAUCGCAUGGAAUACGCUACCACGAGAUUUAUUUCAAAAGCUCUUCCGACAGGAUCUGCUUGUAGCCAGCUUAUUCCGGAAUUUCCUGCUAGCGGAGCGUAUUCUCCGUUCGUACGAUUGCACACCUAUCUCGAGUCCACCGCUUCCGCAAAGCUAUCGUCACCCGAUGUGGUCUGCGUGGGACUUGGCACUUGAUUUGGCUCUUUCGCAAUUACCAGACAUUCUUGAUAAGAAGAAACAUUUCAAGCAUUCGCCGUUUUUCGAAGAACAAUUGACGGCUUUUCAGGUUUGGUUAGAGGGCAGUUCUGAGCAGAGAAGCCCUCCGGAACAGCUACCGAUUGUGCUUCAAGUACUUCUGUCGCAAGUCCAUCGAUUGCGUGCCUUGGAGCUGUUAGGUCACUUUCUCGAUUUGGGUCCGUGGGCAGUCAAUUUAGCGCUUAGUGUCGGUAUUUUUCCUUACGUGCUAAAAUUGCUCCAAAGUCUAGCAAAGGAACUACGACCAUUCUUGGUGUUUAUUUGGGCGAAAAUUCUGGCCGUCGAUGGCACCUGUCAAGUAGAUUUAAUACGUGAUCAAGGGCAUAAAUAUUUUCUGGCAGCUCUACUAGAUACGAGCCCUUGUCCUGGAUUCAAAGGCAAUCAUCGUAUUUAUUCGGCUUUUGUACUGGCAAGUAUAGUUCACAAAUUUCCCAUUGGACAAGGAAACGCUCUUCAAGGGCAACUACUUUCGAUUUGCCUAGAUCAGCUGAACGACGAAAAUCCAGUACUAAGACAGUGGCUUGCAAUCUGCCUGGGGCACAUGUGGCAAAACUAUGAACAAGCGCGAUGGUCUGGUGUGAGAGACAAUGCCAAUGAAAAAUUGUACCCCUUGCUAAGUGAUCCAAUUCCGGAGGUUCGAGCGGCUGCUGUGUACGCUUUGGGUACUUUCAUAAGCUCUGUUACCCAGAGAUCGGACCAUGCGAACAACAUCGAUCGAUCAACGGCAAUGCAUUUGUUUGCCACCGUUUGCAAUGACAUGAGUCCACUAGUACGGAUGGAACUAAUUGCUUCGCUACAGUGGAUGGUGCGAUUCUUCGAGAGUCAGUUUGUUUCGGUGUUCCUUCAGGAAACGACUAGCAGCAACCAUUUGAUCAGCCAUCACUAUCACAGUCUGGAAAGAAACAUUAAUAUAAAGCGUGUCUCCAGCACAAGUAACAUAAUAAAUGUCGGAAAAAAUGCCGUAACAGUCGGAUCGAUUUACCAAAAGUUGUGGAAUGGAAUCAACGCCCUUGCUAAGGAUCCCUUCCCAGCAGUUGCUCAAAUGGCACAGAAAGUUGUCGAAUAUGUUGGUAAGCAGGGUUACGAAAUGGCAAAAGAAGCCACAACAUCGGAGAAAAAUGCUGGCAGCAUGAGUUUACCGCCAUCGCCAAACACUAGAAUAAACUAUUUGGGUGGUGAAUCUCCCCCAACGCAUAAUCAUCUAAACCAAGCAACACAUCUUACCCCAGUGCCCAACAAAAAGAAACUGCACCACAUUAGCGACAGCUCCGAACUGUCCAGCUGUUCGUCACAACAACAAACGCUCCCCAUAGGCUCUCUUCUCAAUUCACAGCAACAACCACCACCAAGCAUACAAUCUGAACAAAAUCCUGCUCCUCCAGCAACAACAGUUCAACAAUCGCCAUCUCAACAGCAGCAACAGCAACCACAACAAGCAAGUCCGAUUGUCACUACUAACUACAUCGAUUGGUCAAUUAGUUUCUUCGCACGGCCAUCCAAAUUUUUGAUAGAGUCAAAACUGAGCGCAAGCGAUCAGAAUUCAACAGAGUUUUUAGAUCGCCAGUCGCGAUGCCUUAGAAAUCGGAUUGUACGAGAGGAAGGUCGAGAACAACAGCGUCGAGCGGUGUUCGGGCGACUUGAUACACAAAAUUGGUCCUGCCGUACGCAGCACACGCCAACGAUGGUAAAGUUGAACCCGUACGACGAUCAGAUUGCCGUAGCUUACAAGGAUCGAGUCAUUCUUCAGGAUUGGAGCACCGAUAUUACGAGCUCGUUCAUUCCUUUCAAACAGCAGCCAUACCAACAACAUAAAUCGAUAUUUCUCGAUCAGAAUCGGUUUCAAGCGACUCCUGCGGCAGUAACAGUGUCUUCGUUGGACUUUGUCAACGCACACGAUGUUGGCCUGGUUUUGGUUGGUUAUAGCGAUAGUGUGAUUCGAAUCUGGAAACCAGCGGAAGCGAAUCGGGAAUCGGCUCUAGUCACUGCGUGGCAUGGUCUGUUUGAUUUCAAUUCGCCCGCGACGGCCAAGGUUGGGACCAGUGAACUCGGCCUGGUGAUGGCAUGGCACCAGAAGUCUCAAACCAUCAUGGCUGCGGGCGAAGCAAAAUAUAUUCGCCUUUGGGAUGCGGAACGGGAAUCUAAAAUCUGUGAUAUCGCUAGUGGGUCGGAUACGACAAUUAUCAAGCUGUCGUGUGCACCAAACGGAAUAUUUGCGGCCGGUUGUAAUGACGGUAGCGUGCGAUUGUUUGACCGGAGAUGUUCUCCUCCAGAGGCCCGGUUUGCUACAUUCCGAGAGCAUCUGAAUCCAAUUUUAACCGUUUGUCUGAGAGACGAUUGUGAAAGUUUAAUAUCGGCUUGCACAACAUCAACCGUGCGAUUGUACGAUAUUCGUAAAACUUCCUCCUCCGUUCAACACUGGAGUGCUGGUCCGGACGUUUCGGCAAUGAGUAUUCACUCGAGCGCAGAUAUUGUGGCGAGUGCUACCAGUGUCAUCACCAUCUAUGGACUAGAUGGCAGAAGUUUAAAUACUAUUCGGUGCAAUGAAGGCUUCAUGGGUACCAAGAAAGGAGUGACAUCGUGUCUGUCAUUCCACAAACAUAAGCUUAGUCUGGCAGCAGGGUUCAACGAUAACACAGCAGCUGUAUUUGUAAUCGAUCGGAAGUGAGCGUACGUUUAACGGUGAGAUAUCGCUUUGGUAACUAAACAAAUUUAGAGUUACGGAAACUUAAUAGUGGCUUCGCAGACAACAUAAAAUCGCUUACGUAUAAAAUGUACACUCAACUAUCGAACAGAAACAAGAUAAAAUUUGCAGACAAUCUGGAUAUCGGCUUCAAAAGCAUCCACUGUUACAACCGGUCUGCACUAUUUAUUUGAAAAAAACUACGGCAGUAAUAAAAAACGAUACUGUUGAGCUAUUAUCUAGGAUAAGCAGAAAAGGUAGAAGAUUUCCAUUAUUAUGCUGAUAUAUUACCUUUAUUUGUAGUCAGUAUAGAACCAACCACACAAUAGACCCAACAAUAACUAGAAAAAAAGAUAGCCUGAACUUAUCAUUGUUUACUAAAGAAGAUUUUUUACUAGCUACAACUUUACUUUCUCAAGUACACGUACAAAAAUAUUCGAUUCUUACAGAAUACUCUGUAAGUGUUUUGUUUUGUUUAAGACAAAGUAUAGUGAAGACACAACAGCAACUAGAUACUUCUCUAAAAUCAAGAAGCACAGUAUAUACACGUGGACAGGCUUCGGUGAGAGGACUAUAUAUCUAUUGAUGCAGCAAAUUUACUAAAGUUAAGCAAAUAUUACGAAAAAAUGAAUAAUAUCACACCCAGAGCGCUGCUUUUUAUGAGCAUAGCUUUUCAUUGCUUCUCUUCAAUUGUACAGUUUAUUGGUAUUGUUUGUUCCCAAGAAAUCCCUAGAGUUAGUGAUAGGAAUUGAAUGUUUCGCUGCAUCAUUGUUGUAAAAAACGAUAGUGGAUUAUGUAAAGUUUCUUUCUUUUUUAAUAGAUGAUUUAAUCAUUUUUUUGAAUUUUGAGUAUUUUGUAACAAAAAUUAUGAAAUGUCAUACGUUAGGAUAUUACCUUUUUUUGUAAAAAUGCUCUUGUAUGUAUGUUAUACUUGUACAGUUGAUUUUUGCAACGGCGAAAAUACACAAAACCAACAAAUGUGCUAGCAACUAA